CAUAGCAACCGUAAACAAGAUGGCGACGUUUGUGAUUGCAGGGAAAUGCAACUGUCCUUAUUAUGCAAGAGUGGAACUUCUUGGAGACAGCCUGGUCAAAAAUUUGCCUUCUUUUCGCUUGCAUAAAAUUGUCAAAACAUCUUCAGAAUGGCAGACUUGGCUGGACAAAACUUGUGAAGAUAAUGGAUGGAACCACAAGACUUCCCCAAUUAUUUGGCGAGAACUGAUUGAUCGUGGAGGUAAAGGUGUACUAGUUGGAGGUGCCAGUGAUUUUCAAGAGUAUGUGAAAGGAUACUAUGGACUCGAGUCCCACCUUACAAGCUAUGACAUGAGACUUAUUGCAGAGGAAAAUUACAAGACAAAGCUGGAAACAGAUGUACAAAAAGCUGCCAUCAAAGCACUGUCCCAGCCCAUUCACAUAUGUUUCACAGCAGCAUCCACGGUUUAUUCACUCAUCAGUUUGGUUGCCAGUGGACAAGUUUUUGGUCCGAACACAGAGAUUUGCAUCCAUUUGUAUGAUGAUAAGGCUGACUUAUCAAUGACUGAAGGAUUGAAAAUGGAAAUUGAAGAUUUGUGCUAUGGUAUAGUGCGAGACAUAAAGAUUUCCAUGAACAUUGAAGAAGCAUUCAAAGACUGUAGCAUAAUCAUUCUGACAGAUGAGUUGCCUAAACAAGAGGAUGAACAGUUCAAGGAGUGGGUUGAACGUAAUGCACAGCACUUCACUCGUUAUGCCGCAGCCAUCAACAAAGUGGCCAGAAAGAAUGUGCGUGUGUUACUGGCUGGGUCAGGUCCCAUCAAUUUCAACACAUUCAUCAUGAUCCAAAAUGCUCCAACAAUACCCAGACAGAAUUUUGUGGCAUCAAGCCGACUUGUAGAGAACCAAGCAAAAUCUGUCCUUGCUGAACGUCUGAAAACUAACACAGCAGGAGUUGUUGACCUUAUUGUCUGGGGCAACAUUAAUGGAAAUCAUUUUAUUGAUGCUAGCAAGACACGAGUGCAUGGUUAUGAUGGUGCGAUAUGGGGCCCCCCAUCCUACUCUGUAUCUGCUGUGGAGAUGGUGCAUGACAACAAGUGGUUGGACAAAGAGUAUCUUGAGAUGCUUCAUCAGCGCAAACAAGUUUUGGAGGUUGCUAUAAAACACAAACCUGCAGCCAGCCAAGCCAGAGCCAUUGCCACAGUGCUGGAUCACUGGUGGAAUGGAUCACCAUUAGGCCAAAUUUUUUCACUAGCUGUCUGUUCAGAAGGUUGGUAUGGUGUACCAGAGGGAUUGGUGUUCUCAUACCCUGUAGUGCUAUCUCCAAGUGGUUACUGGACAGUGGUGCAGGACAUUGAGCUGACUGAAGAAGGCAAAGAAAAGCUGCAGGAAGCAAUCAAGGAUUUACAGAAAGAGAAAGAAGUUAUCUACCCUCCACCAAGGGUUCCUACAUCUCCAGAAGAGCCCACAACACAGGAGUCCGCAGAGGAAGUAGCUGUAGUAAACGAAGAUGCUACUAUAAAUGAAGAUGUUACAAUAAAUGAAAAUUCUACAAAAAUAGAAGAGACACAUGAAGCACUACAGAUGCCAACAAGAACAGAGAAGUUAGAAGGUGGGGCAGAAAUUGAAGAUACAGAGAAAUCUGGUUUGAUCUAAAGAUAAGACACACAAAUCCUAAAUCUUCGCACACUUUGUUACAAAUACUUGAACCAUUCCUUUGAACUGACAUUUGACAACUUCCUAUUCAAGAGUGAAAUUUGCAAGUGGCACAAGACCGUCUUUAAAGAAACCAAGAACAUAUUCUAUAAAGUAUGCUUUUAUCAAAGUAAAUGUGUCUUUGAGAAAAAAAACUGAAAAAGUUCAACCCACAUUAAAAGGUCUAAGAGAUUACAACUUCAUUACUGAAACAAGAUGCUGAUUUUAUACCUUCAGAAAAAAUGAAAGUAAGCAAACAUGCAUAAGCAGCAUAAAUAAAUCACUACCUGUCUCAGCAACAUCACAAUUUUGCUUUAGUAAAAAAAAUUAGAUGGAAGUCCAAAUAAUGCUGAAGCAACUCAUUGUAUAAAUGUUCCCAAGCUUACAUGCAACAGAGACGAAAGUUAUAGUUCUGUGUAAAAAAUAAGACUUAUAGAUAUACCUAAUGUACAUAGUAAAUGGCACAUGUGAAAUAUAACAUCACAUCCCAGAAGAAAUUAAUCUUCCAUGCAUCCAGGUGCCACAUUGCUAAGAAGACAUUCUGAUUUGUAAUGACUUUAUUGCAGCUCAUAGAAAAUGGUAUCAUAAGACAUUUUGCAGGUUGGCAACCAAUGUGUCGAGCAUACCUAUAGAAUACAAAUGCAGUAAAACCUUCCAAUUAAGAAUCGCUAAAACCCACCAAAAUCAGUUGAUAACUUUGAGGGCUCUUAGUAGGAAAAAUUCAAGUUCAUUUAUUUUAAAGUUGAAAUAAAGCUAAAAACCAAA